AUGGUAAGAACAUAUAAAAGAAAAACUGAGAGGGCCAAAGCACCCCCUGAUGAGAUGCAGAGAGCAGCCACUGCAGUGAUUGAUGGGAGAUCCAUCAGAUCAGUGGCAGCCGAAACCGGCAUUAACAGGAAUACCCUGCAAAGGUACAUGCAGAGGAAGGAGAAGGGAAUAACCACCAUAGCGUAUGGUGGGACAGCAUUGGCGAAGAGGGUCUUCACACCCAAGAUGGAGAAGGAGCUUGCUGACCACAUAAAAAAGCUGUCUGACCAGUUCCACGGCCUUACAGCUGAGAAAUGCCGCAAACUGGCAUGUGAAUUUGCCAAAAGGAACAGCAUCAGUGUCCCCAUCAACUGGGAAAAUGGCUUAGCAGGUAACGAUUGGUUCAGUGCAUUUCUAGCACGCCACCAUCUUUCCUGGCGUAUUCCGGAAGCAACUUCUCUUGGAAGAUCUACGGCUUUUAACAGAACUACUGUUGGGGAAUUCUUUGACAAUCUGGCCAAUGGGAUGGACAGGUAUAAGUUUCCUCCAAACAUGAUCUAUAAUGUAGAUGAAACGGGUGUUGGGAAUUGGGAACAUGGAACCAAGUAG